AUGGCGGCGCAGGGGCCCGGCAGCCGCUGCCCCUCGGCGCUGCCGUUGCUGCUGCUCGGCCUGGCCGCCGCCGCCUUCCCGCCGCCGCCCGCCGCCGCCUCCGAGCCGCCGCCCGCCGCCCUCCGCGCCGGCCACGCCGCCUCCUCGCUGCCCGCCGCCGCCGCCGCCCCGCGCACCAGAUACCUUUUGUACGAUGUAAACCCCCCUGAAGGGUUCAACCUUCGCAGAGAUGUCUACAUUCGCAUUGCUUCCCUUCUGAAGACCCUGCGGAAAAGCGAAAACUGGGUGUUGGUUCUGCCUCCCUGGGGACGUCUUUAUCACUGGCAGAGCCCUGACAUCCUCCAGGUCCGGAUCCCUUGGUCCGAGUUCUUCGAUAUCCCAAGCCUCAACAGGAACAUCCCUGUCAUCGAAUAUGAGCAGUUCCUUGCAGAAUCAGGUGGGCCUUUUAUUGAACAGAUUUAUGUGCUACAAGGCUAUGCAGAAGGAUGGAAAGAAGGAACAUGGGAAGAAAAAAUAGAUGAAAGGCCGUGCAUUGAUCAGCUGAUGUACUCCAAUGACAAACAUGGCUACUACAGGGGCUGGUUCUGGGGUUACGAGGAAACACGAGGCCUAAAUGCCUCUUGCUUGUCUGUCCAAGGAUCUGCCUCUAUUGUGGCUCCCAUCCUUCUGAAGAACACUUCAGCGCAGUCAGUGAUGUUAGACAGAGCUGAAAACCUUCUUCAUGACCACUACGGAGGGAAAGAUUAUUGGAAUACCCGUCGGAGCAUGGUGUUUGCUAAACACCUCCGCGUGGUGGGAGACGAGUUCAGGAGGAAAUACCUUCAGUCCACGGAUGAGGCAGACAGGACUCAGUACAAGGAGGACUGGACACAGAUGAAGGUUAAGACGGGCACAGCUCUAGGUGGCCCAUACCUUGGGGUUCAUCUCAGAAGGAGAGACUUCAUUUGGGGUCACAGAGAAGAUGUGCCUUCCCUGCGAGCAGCAGUAAAGAAAAUCCGCAGCCUCUUGGAGACUCUUAAACUUGAAAAGGUUUUCGUAGCCACUGAUGCUGUUGAGGAAGAGAUUGAACUGCUCAAGAAACUGCUGCCUGAGAUGGUGAGGUUUGAACCCUCUUGGGAGGAGCUGGAACUCUAUAAGGAUGGGGGCUUGGCCGUGAUUGACCAGUGGAUUUGCGCACAUGCAAGGUAUUUUAUAGGCACCUCAGUUUCAACGUUUUCCUUCCGAAUCCACGAGGAAAGGGAGAUCUUGGGAUUUGAUCCAAAAACAACUUACAACCGAUUUUGUGGUGAAACAGAGAAAAACUGUGAGCAGCCAACUCACUGGAAAAUUGUAUAUUAAACACAGAGAACUACAAAGGUUUCGAUACUGUGAGAGCUCCAUAAUAAGGAAAAAUCGUGGGGAAUUACCUACCUUGGAACAAACUACGACCCAGUCCUGCACGCUCAGCUCCCGCUCCCCUUCCAUCGUGGGUGUGUUGUGGGGUGGCUGUACUGUCUCUGGACCUCACAGCAUUUUUACCUGGCUGCCCCACCCAGGUCCUUGGUAUGUUCUGCUCUGGCUGCCUUCCCUGAGUGGUCCCACAGGCACCAAGUGGGGUGCUACAGACCACAGGGGCCUCUUGGCUGCAGAGGUGGGUGAUGGGAGGCGGCAAAGCAAUGUCCAGGAUGCAGCUGUUCAAACCAGCCUCACCUGCUGGAGCAUUUCUUACCUGGCCGUGGUUCCCUCUUCUGGUCUGUGGUCAUUUUUUACCUGAAGGGCUGGGGGGCCUGGCCAUGUCAUGGGGAGUGCUCACCCUGGGAGCACCAGUCUACCCACGGAGGAACCAAGCUGCCACCGGAAUUAAAGCAGGUGGGGGCUGCUCGCACUCCUAGGGAGGAGCCUGCAAUGCCCAUCCCUUGGGCACUCAUUCUUCAUGUGAAGACACAUUGCCCAGCAGAGAAACAGGUUGGUGCCUGGUGGAGCAGGGCCAAGAUUCCAUAUUCCCGAGGCAGUUCCCUCGUCUGCAUCCUGCAGCACUGGCCAGGGCUGGGAGAGGAGGGGUGGCUGGGUGUUCUCAGCACACUGCUGGAAGUGUAGCAGGGCUGGUGGCCCUCUCAGGAGGGUCCCGAUUGCUCCAGGGCCUCGCUUUUCCACUGGUUUCUUUCACAAAGGAAAGACAUGCGGAAGGCAGCACCAUCACCACAGCCCUGUACUCAGGAGUCCAUCAGCCUUCCCCACAGUGAGGGUGGCUAAACCCUUGAACCACUCUGCCAAACUCAGCACUGCUGCAGAUCUACGAGACAACAGCACUUUGCCCACAGGUGCCUUCUUCUGACGCAUUUCCCAUUAUGUGUCCAGAGCGAUCCAAGUGCUUAUUUUACAUCUCCACAAGCAUGGUCAAAGCCACACGUACAGAGCAGUAACAAAUUCUCACAGUGUACCAAUAGAAACAAGCAGAUUUAAUAACAUUAUUUCUUAGACAACUCUUGGGAAUGAAACCAAAUGCAAAGAAAAAAAUCUAAAUGUAAAAAAUGAAGAUGUUAGCAAUGAAAAAAACACACUGAUACAGUGUUCCUGCUUUUGA